AUGUUACGUUUAAAACACUAUCAAUUUGCUUCUACAUUUAUAAUGAUGAAUUAUUUAUCAUUUUUAUUUACCACAUUAGCAAAUGGAGUGGAAGAAACAGAAGACAUUGCCGAUGCAGUGGACGAUUUUAUCAAUCAAGAAGAGGAUCCAGAAAUGGAUGAAAGCGAAACGACAGAAGAUGAGGACGAAGAAUAUGACGAUCAAGAAAAUGACCCAAGCGUAUACACACCAUAUCGCCGCAGUGGUUACAGAUAUUCUGGUUACGGAAACGCUCGUUAUGGAAUCAGACGAGGCAGUGAAAUCGUCGGAAGCCGUGUCUUAGGAAGUGGUAACAGAAUCAAUGUUGGUUCCGGUAUUGGUAAAUUAGGACGGGCUGGAAUCAUUGGAGGACGACGACUAGGAGGACGCCAAAUCCUUGUUGGAUCAGGUCUUGCAGGUAUAGGAUUAGCUAGACGUGGUUUAGUUGGAGGUAAAGGAUACGGAGGAUACGGAUUAGCUGGACGCGGAGGAAUCAUUGGAUCAGGUCUUGGUGGGCGAGGUUUAGUUGAAAAAAGUGGGCAUCUUGGAGCCGGCUUUGGAGGACACGGUUUAGUUGGAGGUCGAUCUGCUCUUGGAGUACGAGGAUCUAUUACAACUGGAAAAGGAGUUUCUGUUGGAUAUGGUCCAUAUGGAGAUGAAAGGGACGAAAUGACAGAAGAUGAAGACGAAAAUGCAGAAAGGGAUCCAAGCUUAUACGGAUCAUAUGGACGCAGUAGUUACGGAUAUUCUGGUUACGGACACGCUCGGUAUGCUAUCAGACGAGGCAGUGGAAUCGUCGGAGAACGUGUCUCGGGAGGUUUAGGCGGACUAGGUAAGGUUGGUAUCCGAAGUGGUAGCAGAAUCAAUGUUGUUUCCGGUAUUGGUAAAUUAGGAAGGGCUGGAAUCAUUGGAGGACAAGGAGGACGGAAAGUCCUUAUUGGAUCAGGUCUUGCAGGUAUAGGAUUAGCUGGACGUGGUUUAGUUGGAGGUAAAGGAUACGGAGGAUAUGGGUUGGCUGGAAGCAGAGGAAUCAUUGGAUCAGGUCUUGGUGGGCGAGGCUUGGUUGGCAAAAAUAUUCUUGUUGGAGGUGGUCUUAGAAGACACGGAUUAGUCGGAAUCCGAUCAGGUCUUGGAAUUCGUGGAUCAGUUCCAACUGCAAAGGGAAUUUCUACAGGAUAUGGACCAUAUGGAGAUGAAUCUGAUGAAUAA